AUGGCAGCGGAUGCGCGGUGGGCGGCGCAGCUGGACGCCGCGGCGCGCGUGCUCGGCGGCGACAAGGGCGAGCGGUGGGGUCGCGUCAAGAUCAUGCGCGAUGCGGAGGCUGGCGCGGCGAGCGCGCUCAAGAUGUGUUAUGGGGGGCUGGCAAAGGGAUCGAUCGGGCUUGCUGCGUUGCUUGUGCUGUCCGCCAACGCGCACUCGCCAGCUACUGCGCGCGCACUCAUGGAGGAACUCUCAAGCUCCCGCCCCGAGCUGCUCCAGAGCCUCGGCUUUACCUUUUACGACAUGCCGACAAAGGCGUACCGCUGGAUCGCAGAGAUGGAGGAGAUUUCGUCGUUUGUCGCCUCGUCGCUCGACCGGCCGGGCCAGUCCAAGACCAUGGGACUGCCGCAUGAGGGUCUGGCGGCGUUGUUUGAGCGCAUUGCGGCAGAUCUCCGCGCGACUGGCAGCGCGGUCGGGGGUGCGGCCGAGGGACCCUCUGGCGACGCGGCCGAGAUUGAGGUGCUGCACCGGUUUGCCGACGAGGGCAAGGCCCUGCUUGCUAGCAAGCGCAAUCCCAAGGAAUAA